AUGACUACUUAUACUGAUAAAGGACCUAAACUUGAUUCCGCAAACUAUUUGGGCUUUGAUCAUGUAAAGUUUUGGGUAGGAAACGCUAAGCAAGCUGCCUCUUAUUAUUGUACCCGCCUGGGUUUUAAACACAUUGGUUAUCAAGGCUUGGAAACAGGAAGUCGGGAUAUCGUUUCUCACGCAGUUCGUCAAGGAUCAAUCACCUUUGUAUUCCAAUCACCCCUUAAUCCGAACGAUAAAUUGAUGAGUGAUCAUCAAAGUACUCAUGGUGAUGGCGUUAAAGACGUUGCAUUUACUGUUGAUGACGCUCGUAGUCUGUGGAAUAAUGCAAUACAAAGAGGUGGAAAAUCGAUUAAAGAACCAUGGGAGGAAAAAGAUGAAAAUGGAGUUGUCGUAAUGGCUACAGUUGGCACUUAUGGUGAUACCGUCCAUACUUUUGUUGAAAGGACAAAUUACCAUGGUGCUUUUCUACCAAAUUUUAAAUCGACAACUUUCGAGGAUCCAUUAGAAGUAACGUUGAAACCUACACAUUUACUAUACUUGGAUCAUGUUGUCGGUAAUCAACCGGAUUUAGAGAUGGAGCAAAUUUGUGAAAUGUAUGAAAAAAUUUUCAAUUUUCAUCGCUUCUGGUCAGUUGAUGAUAAACAAAUCCAUACCGAAUAUUCUUCUUUGCGCUCAGUAGUAAUGGCUGAUUAUGAUGAAAGAAUUAAAAUGCCAAUAAACGAACCUGCAAUAGGCCGUAAAAAGUCACAAAUUCAAGAAUUUGUUGAAUAUUAUGGCAGUGCAGGUGUUCAACAUAUGGCAUUAAGAACAAACGAACUCGAACUGAAGCCGGGGUUCGAACCUGGACCGACUAGUUUGGUUCAAUUUUGUAUUGCUUUCGGUUCCCGUUCCGGAUCUUUCGGUAUAAUUACUAGUGUAACGAAUCUCAGAUCACGUGGCUUGGAGUUUCUUACAAUUCCUGCUACUUACUAUGAUGACCUUCGUUCACGCCUUUCUACAUCUAAUGUUAAAAUACUUGAAGAUAUUGACCUUUUACAAAAAUUACAUAUAUUGAUCGACUAUGAUGAAGAAGGCUAUCUUCUUCAGCCAUUGCAAGAUCGUCCCACUUUGUUCAUUGAAAUCAUUCAACGUCAUAAUCAUCAAGGUUUUGGAGCUGGAAAUUUCAAGGCACUAUUUGAGGCCAUUGAACGUGAUCAAGAUGCUCGUGGAAAUUUGUUCUAA